CUUGUUUACUUGUACUUCUUCUCUACCUCGUGAAAUCCCGCCAUAAUGUCCGACAAUUUCCAGGAGCUCGCCGAUAUCCCCAAGGACUUUGUCCGCGACGGUUCGCUGUUCGUCAAGAGAUGCACCAAGCCCGACCAGCGUGAAUUCAUCAAGAUCAGCCAGGCCGUCGGAAUGGGUUUCCUUAUCAUGGGUGCCAUUGGGUACUUCAUCAAAUUGAUACACAUCCCCGUGAACAACAUCCUUGUCGGCGGCGCAUAAUUGCGGAGCGAGUCGUUUUCGAAUCUUGAUACCAAUGCACAACAAAACCGGGAGUUGAGGAGGACCAGAGUCAUCAUGAUACCACGUGUCGUCGGGCGUAUUCAUCCUAUUUCGCCACCAAUGGGCUCAUCCUAGGGAACAAUCGGCAGAGGGCUAUAACGGAUACUGGGAUUGAAAGUCAUAUUUCCUUCGAAGCACUAUACUCUUUGGGCGCCGGAUGCGGCUCGGGGCAGGGAGAGUCGCGGUGAUGGGA